UAUGAAAGCAGCAUAAAAUUAAUUAAAUGCAAAACAAAGCAAUGAAUUUAAGUCGAUAAUGGUAUUGAAUUCAAUUAAUGAAUAAGAGAUUGUUAGAAGCAAAAGAUUAUAAGAAAGGAUUGAAAAAUUCUGAAAAGUUAUUAGAAUAGGUUCCAGACAAUUAAGAAGUAGUUUCACUUAAAGCUAUUUUUAUGUACUAUAAUGAUGAGCAUGAAGCAGGUCUAUCUUUAGCAUAAUAAGCUGUUUUUAAGAAUUUGGCAUCUGAUUUUUGUUGGCACAUAUAUGGAUUAAUAUAAAAGGAGGAAAAGAAUUAUAUACAAGCUGUUAAAUGCUUUAUUUAAGCUAUAAAUAAAGGAGAGGAAAAUCUAUAAUUAAUUAGAGAUACAGCUAAUUUGUCUAUACAUAUUAGAGAUUUUGAAGGAAAUAGUUAAUUAAGACAUAAGCUAUUAAAUAGUAAAUCAGGAAUGAUAGUAAAUUGGGUUGGUUUUAUUGUAAGUUAACAUUUAAUUGGAGAUUACAAAAGUGCUUUUAAUGCUAUUAAGUUAACUGAAGAGAUUAUUAAAAAGGAUUAUCAAAAUCCAAUCAAGAAAGUAGAAAUCAACGAAUUUAAAUUAUAUUAAAUAUAACUAGCAAUAGAAGCCAAAGAAUUAUAGAGAGCUAAAUAAUAUAUAAAUGAAUUCAAAAAGUAAUUGUUUAUAUUUUAUAUGAUUUAGUGAUAUUUCAGAUUAAGUGUCUUACUAUGAACUUCAAUAUGAAUUGUAUAUAAGAUUAGGAGAAAAUCGCAAUGCAAUUGAAUCAGUGAAAUAAUUACUCUAACUUUAACCCUAAAAUUGGAAAUACUAUGAAAUGUUGUAAAAGGUUGAUCCCUAAGUUGAUUUAACCAUUUAUGAUAAUACUUUGGUAUAAGGACGAUUACUUGCAUAGUAGAGUGGAGAAUCAUUUAAAAAUAGUUUUAGUUUAUUUAUUGACCCAUUUUUUUAAAAAUCUUUGCCUUCUUUAUUUAAGGAAAUCAAACAUCUUUAUUUUGAUCCUUACAAAAUUGAAAUUAUGUAAAAGGCUUUUGAGUAUUAUCUAAAUAAAAAUUCAAUGCAAUAACUUUGGGCUUUGAUGUUGCUUUCUUAACAUUAUUAUUAAAUUAAAGAUUACACUAUUUCACUAGAUUUUAUCAAUAAAGCUAUUCAACAUACUACAACAAUACCUGAAUUAUACUUAAUUAAAGCAAAAGUAUUGAAUAAGAUGUAAAAAUUCUAAGAGGCUUAUGAAAUUGCUAACAAAGCAAGAUUAUUAGACUUAUCAGAUAGAUAUUUAAAUAAUUAAACCAUUAAAUAUGCUUUAUAAGCAAAUAUGAUUUAUCUAUCAUAAGAAUUAUUAAAUCUUUUCUUAAAAGAUGAUUCAAAUCCAUAUGAUUUAUAAAUGAUUUGGUUUGAACUAAAUAUAGGAAAAGUUCUUUUAAGACUUAAUUAUCUUGGUCCAGCCUUGUAAUAAUUUAAUCUAAUAUUUAAAUACUUUUAAGAAUAAUAUGAUGACUAAUUAGAUUUUUAUUAAUAUUCAUUAAGAAGAUUUACAUUAAGAUCAUUAUUAUAAAUGAUUAAUGCUAUGGAUAAACGAUAUGAUUCUAAAUAUUUUAUUUAAUCUGCAGGUUUGAUGAUUCAAGCUUUAGAAAGAUUAAAAUCUAAAAUUUAGGAAUAAGGAAGAUUAGAAUAAAAAAAAUUAACUCCAAAAGAAAAAAAAAUGUUAGCUAAAUAAUAAUAAAAAGAAUAGGAAGAAAAAAAAUUAAAAGAAUAAUUUUCAAUAGAAGGACAUAUUUUUAGCAAAGAAAUCUAAAAAAAAUAUGAUCUAUCUGGUGAAUAACUUUUAUCUCAAUUAAAAACAUCUGAAGAUAUUAAUAAAAUGUAAAAUCGUUUUGCUUAAGUACUUAUUCACACUAAUUUUAAAAAUAAAGAAGUAAAUUUUUAAGCUUUUAAAUAACUUGUUUCUUUAUACAUUAAUUAAUAAAGGCCAUUGUUAUGUGCUAAAUUAUUAAACAAAUUAAGAUGCAAUUAAACAGAACAGAAUCAAAUACUGAAUCACAAAUAUUAAUUAUUACUAAUAUAGUUUUGUAAGCCUAUUAAAAUGUAUAUAUUUAGUAAAUCAAUAUUAAGGAGUACUAUAGCCUUGUAUAAAAGAAUAUUAACAAGACUUGAUACAGUUUGAUUCUUAAUUCUGGGAUUGUGUUUAAAUAAGAUCUUAAUUAGACUUAACAAUAAGUAAUUUUUUAAAUAAUUUAAGAAAGACAUUGUGAAUCUAUUAUUAAAGGAAUAAGAUUCGAAGAGAAUUUAGAAUCAGAUGAUUUGGAGUUUCUUAAAGAGUAUCCAUUAGCAAAAGUAAAUUAAAUAAUUUAAUAAAGACUAAUAAUCCUUACUUUGUUUUUGAUCCUAACAUUGAAUGGCAAAAUCAAUAGAUAAAAGAGUAUCUAGAAAAACAAUAGACUUAACCUAUGUGA